AUGACUGCUGAGUUUACUGUCGGCGUUCUCGCUCUUCAGGGCGCCUUUAUCGAGCACGUUAACCUCCUCAAGGCCGCUCGCAAUGCCGUUUCUUUCUCGUAUGAUAUCAUCGAAGUCAGAACAGUGGAGGAGCUGAACAAAUGUUCCGCACUGAUCAUCCCCGGUGGCGAGUCCACCACCAUCUCCCUCGUCGCACAGCGGACAGGUCUCCUUGAACCUCUGCGUGAAUUCGUCAAGGUCCAGCGCAAACCUACAUGGGGUACCUGUGCAGGCAUGAUCCUCCUUUCCGAGCAGGCGAACCGAACGAAGAAGGGUGGACAGGAGCUUAUCGGUGGCUUGGACGUACGGAUCAACCGGAAUCAGUUUGGAGGUCAGCAAGAGAGUUUCGAGACGUUCCUCGAUCUGGACUUUAUCGACCGACCAGAGGAGAAGUUUCCUUCUCUCUUCAUUCGCGCUCCUAUUGUCGAGUCUCUGCUUCCGGGUACUCCGCUCGAGGAUGCCGUGUCGGCUCCUGGUGAGCACGGCGAGGGUCAGGUAAAGGCUCUUGUCAGGCUUCCCAAGAAGACCAUCUCUGAGGUUGGAAACGCCGGUGGUGAAACGACGGAUAUCGUUGCUGUGCAGCAAGCGAAUGUCGUGGGUAUGAGUUUUCAUCCUGAGUUGUCGAGUGACUUCAGGAUGCACCAGUGGUGGGUUGAGAAGUGUGUGUACCCGGCCAUCAAGAAUGCAUAG